AUGAAUGAAGAGUUCUUGGAAACGAUCAACAGUGGACGAUGGCGUCAUAAAGGAGAACAAUAUUUCCACACCAUAUACUUAGGUAUUCGAAGCCGGCAGAGUGGGGAGAAUGACAGAUGGAGGUUUUACUGGAAAAUGGUAUAUGAGUAUGCAGAUGUGAGUAUGCUGCAUUUGCUAGCCACCUUUCUGGAAAGUGCUCCACAGCUGGUCCUGCAGCUCUGCAUUAUCGUACAGACUCAUAGCUUACAGGCCCUCCAAGGUUUCACUGCGGCGGCCUCCCUCGUGUCUUUGGCUUGGGCCCUGGCCUCUUACCAGAAGGCCCUCCGGGACUCUCGAGACGACAAGAAGCCCAUCAGCUACAUGGCCGUCGUCAUCCAGUUCUGCUGGCACUUCUUCACCAUUGCCGCCAGAGUCAUCACCUUCGCCCUCUUCGCCUCGGUUUUCCAGCUCUACUUCGGGAUCUUCAUCGUCCUCCACUGGUGCAUCAUGACCUUCUGGAUCGUACACUGUGAGACAGAAUUCUGUAUCACCAAAUGGGAAGAGAUUGUGUUCGACAUGGUGGUGGGGAUCAUCUACAUUUUCAGCUGGUUCAACGUCAAGGAAGGCAGGACUCGCUGUAGGCUCUUCGUUUACUACUUUGUGAUUCUUUUGGAAAAUACAGCCUUGAGUGCCCUCUGGUACCUCUACAAGGCUCCCCAGAUCGCAGACGCGUUUGCCAUCCCGGCGCUGUGUGUGGUGUUCAGCAGUUUUUUAACUGGCGUCGUUUUUAUGCUGAUGUAUUAUGCCUUCUUUCACCCCAACGGACCCAGGUUCGGGCAGUCACCAAGCUGUGCUUGUGAGGACCCAGUCGCCGCCUUCACUCUGCCUCCAGAGGUGGCCACGAGCACGCUCCGGUCCAUCUCCAACAACCGCAGUGUCGCCAGCGACCGCGACCAGAAAUUUGCAGAGCGGGACGGGUGCGUCCCUGUCUUUCAGGUGAGGCCCACGGCCCCGUCCACCCCAUCGUCUCGCCCACCACGGAUUGAAGAAUCUGUCAUUAAAAUUGACCUGUUCAGGAAUAGGUACCCAGCGUGGGAGAGACACGUUUUGGACCGAAGCCUCCGGAAGGCCAUCUUAGCCUUUGAAUGUUCCCCGUCUCCUCCAAGGCUGCAGUACAAAGAUGAUGCCCUUAUUCAGGAGCGGCUGGAGUAUGAAACCACUUUAUAA